AUGGCGUAUCAUGUUAAUGCGUCGUCUUGGGAUAUUGAGAUGCAUCAGUAUCUGCUGAUGUCGUCGAAGAAGCAUGCUCGGCUGGCUUUACGAGUGCCGAUGCCUUUUGACGGGGCGACGUAUAGUGACGGUGAUAAUCAGUUACUUCAAUACUUUCAAUGCACGGCCUCUCAAGCUUUGACGAUUCUCGGCCACGAUCCAGUGGCGCUGGGUGAGACGCUCAUGCGCCUGGCUCUAUCGACAACAUCCCACUCUGCAACUGCAGUCCGGCAAGGCAUACUAGGCCUGUCCUCGCUGCACCGCUAUGGCGUGCACAGGAAGGCCGUUGAAAUUAAAAUCGCAGCAAUUGAAGCCCUAGCCGCUGCAUCGAGCGGGCCCAUCAGCGACAUCGAAGCAAUGCAGCACGUCGCCGCCGGGAUGCUGCUGUGUUCAUUUGAAAUACACAGAGCAUCAUGUACAUCAGGACAGUGGAGAUGGUACAUCACUGGUGCUAAGAGUAUCAUACGGGCGUCGUCUCUGUCUCAAUACAAACACGACAGCGACUUCAACAUCUUAUUGGACUGGGUGCAUUACCACGAUGCGCUGUCGCGUCUUAGUUCGCUGCACUGGUAUCCUCUGCCAAAAGGCCAGGACCCUCCAUCGAGUAAUACGACGCCUGAAGAAGAGUGCAGAUUCGAUGAGUGUGAGGAUACCCCCAUCUUGCCGGCUAUCUUGCCGGCUACUUCGUCUACUGCGAAUACCCUCCAGAUCAUCCUCACGGAGGCUUGCGAUAUGCUGGCUGCGAAGCAGCAUUCCACCACCAUCGACCAGAAAUACUAUCGCAGUUUCAUGAAUGACAUUAGCUGGAGACUUGGCUCUCUCUCUAUCUCCGUGACAUCAGAUCCCAUCCUCGAGCUCUUCCACCUAGCCAUGAUCGUCUACCUCAACCGCGCAACAGGGAAUCUGCUCGAACCAGAAUCCAAAACGCAACAACGGAUAUCGCGCGCAUUCACCAUGUUUGCGUCUAUGGGAUUAUGCGAGCGUCAAUUCCCGUUGUUUAUCCUCGGGUGCGAGGCAAGGACCGACGAGGAUCGGCGCAUGGUCCUUGACCUUGUUGACCGGACUGAUAAGGCUGCUUCGUCGCGCUGGAUGUUCCUUACUCGCGCAUUCAUGCAGAAGGUCUGGGUGCAGGAUGAUCUUGCGGAGGGGGAGUUGGAUUAUAUGGAUAAGUUGAGUGCGAUUAUGAGUACGUGUAAGAUUUUGCCUCCACUUGUUUGA